AUGGACGAAUUAGACUAUGACGACGCGGGUCACCGCGACAUAGAAGACGAUGAGAUCCCAGAGGAAGAGAUGGAGGAGGAGCUUCCGACCGAUGAAUUGUUUGAGGGUGGUGACGAUGGCGCUGACCAGGAAAACAAGGUGCAAGUGCUUGAUGAGUCCCAUAAACAACCUAACGCACAUCGCAUUACCACGCGUUACAUGACCAAAUACGAACGCGCCCGUGUAUUGGGUACGCGUGCCCUGCAAAUAUCCAUGAAUGCACCAGUUAUGGUGGACAUUGAGGGUGAAACGGACCCGUUAAAGAUUGCGAUGAAGGAGCUACGCGAGCGUAAGAUUCCUAUUAUUAUUCGACGGUAUUUGCCGGACAACUCAUUUGAAGACUGGAGUAUCGAUGAGCUAAUUAUCGAGUAG